AGGCUUUAUGCGAAAGCCGUUUUUACUGGAUACAAACGUGGCCUGAGGAACCAACAUGAAAAUACAGCUCUCUUGAAAAUUGAUGGAGUCACCAAUAAAAAAGAAACAGAUUUUUAUUUGGGCAAAAGAUGCGCUUACGUUUACAGAGCUAAAAAGAAGACCGCCUGUCCUAAUCGGGAAAAGGCCACUCAUCUGAGAGUCAUCUGGGGCAAAGUUACUCGUCCACAUGGAAGCAGUGGAGCUGUGAGGGCCAAAUUCAAAAGCAACUUGCCACCAAAGGCUAUCGGACGAAGAAUUAGAGUGGUCGGUUAUUUAAUGAUUUGA